UAUUUCUUAGACAUUUCAGACAGGACAAGGAGGGGUAGCAAAAUCUGUGCUGAAAUUGAUUCCUUUUCGUUCCCUUGGUAAGUAGUGGGUACAGGAAAGCCCGGACACUGAAAGCUUCAAAUUUGAGGCCCUUUGCUCUUGAAAUAUGACCAUGGCCAUUGCUUCCUCUCGUUUGCUCUGCCAGAACCCUCCUCCUACCUUCCUCAUAAAUUCCCCCAAUUUCGUCGGAAAUAGCGGCAGUAGCAGCAGCCUCAGGCUCUCUUGGCUCAGGUCACAGUCGCAUAGGUGCUCUUUUUCUCACUCAAAGUCUGGAAAUCAAAGGACCCCCAAAUUUGCCAGAAAACAAGUAGAGAUAGUGUAUGAUCCUGAUGAAAGGAUAAACAAGUUGGCAGAUGAGGUUGACGAGAAGGCCGCUCCGGUUUCAAGGCUCACCCUUUUCUCCCCUUGCAAGAUAAAUGUUUUCUUGAGAAUAACUGGCAAAAGGGAAGAUGGGUUUCAUGAUUUGGCAUCUCUCUUUCAUGUAAUAAGUCUUGGAGAUGUAAUUAAGUUCUCUUUGUCACCCUCAAAAACUAAGGAUCGUCUUUCGACCAAUGUGUCUGGGGUGCCCCUUGAUGAUAGAAAUUUGAUUAUUAAGGCCCUUAAUCUCUACAGGAAGAAGACAGGUAGCAACAAUUUCUUUUGGAUUCAUCUUGAUAAGAAGGUGCCAACAGGAGCAGGGCUUGGUGGUGGAAGCAGCAAUGCUGCAACUGCACUAUGGGCAGCAAAUCAGUUUAGUGGUCUUCUUGCCACUGAGAAGGAACUCCAAGAAUGGUCGAGUGAGAUUGGUUCAGAUGUUCCCUUCUUUUUCUCUCAAGGAGCAGCCUAUUGUACUGGUCGGGGUGAGGUUGUUCAAAAUAUUAGUCCAGCCUUACCAUUGGACAUUCCAAUGGUUCUUAUAAAGCCCCAACAGGCAUGUUCGACAGCUGAAGUUUACAAGCGCCUCCAAUUGGAUAAAACUAAUAAGGCUGAUCCUUUAACACUGCUGGAGAGAAUCUCAAGGCAUGGAAUAUCACAAGAUGUUUGCAUAAAUGAUUUAGAACCUCCAGCAUUUGAUGUUCUUCCAUCUCUUAAAAGAUUAAAGCAGCGAGUACUUGCCGCAAGCCGUGGACAAUAUGACGCUGUUUUUAUGUCUGGAAGUGGAAGCACUAUUGUUGGGAUUGGUUCUCCAGACCCUCCCCAAUUUGUAUAUGACGACGAUGAAUACAAGGAUGUAUUUUUGUCAGAGGCGAACUUUCUGACACGUGAAGAAAAUAACUGGUAUACGGAACCUGCUUCGAGAAGUGCUUCUGGCUCAUCCUCCCAAUUUUCCGGGUCGAUUGAGUGAUUGACUCCUUUACUAAGAGAAGUCUGUAAUGGUUCAUAUUGUUGAAUGGUUUUCAUUCUUCAAUAUGAAAUAAAGAAACGUUCAUUGCAAAUAUUAUAGGUUGAGGAUUCUGAGUCUUGCAUAAUACAAAGAUUUUGGGCAUUAGAAAUAGGUUUUGGCAUGCAUUGAGGAUUCUCUAACCUUGGAAUGAGUUUAUAGAACAAUGUGUUGGUCAAUUUCUUUGAACUUAA